ACGGGGCUGCGCGUUUUCUGCCUCAUUAAAAUCAAGAGGAUGUAUUUACGCAUUCUGGAAGGAUUUCUCUGAACCGCAGAAUUGCAUAGACACUAAUAUUAACAAACACCACACGUAGUUUAUGUUGUGUUACGGUGUCAUAUUGGGUAGAUGUAACUCGAAGUCGUGCGGGAGCGGCGUAUUCGUGAGCGCGCAGCGGUUGCGGUGUCGCGCUGGUCGGAGGGCGCGCGCAGUCAUACUGAGCAUGGCUAGCGGUGAUUUUAGUUUGUCCACAUGAUGACCUUCUUCAUCCUGGCUGAGCAUGGCGGAGUCGGAUGGUGUGGAGUUGAAUCGAGCUCAAAGCAGAAUGGCUAACAACAAGAAUAGCGUGCUUCGUUGUACUUUCUCGGCCCCCAGCCACAGUCAUACCCUCCUGAGGGGGUUAUCUGCAUUGCGAGCUCAAGGUCAGUUGCUGGAUGUGGUUCUGGCCAUUGACAACGAGCGCUUUGAAGUUCACAAAGCUGUUUUGGCCUCCUGCAGUGACUACUUCAGAGCCAUGUUCACUGGAGGAAUGAAGGAGUCAAACCAGGACACCAUUGAGCUAAAAGGUCUAUCAGCCAGAGGACUGAAGCACAUCAUUGAUUUUGCUUACAGUUCGGAGGUCACUUUGGACCUGGACUGCAUUCAGGAUGUUCUCGGAGCAGCUGUGUUCCUGCAGAUGGUUCCUGUGGUUGAGCUUUGCGAGGAGUUCCUAAAAUCAGCAAUGAGUGUGGAGACUUGUUUGAACAUCGGCCAGAUGGCCACCACAUUCAGCCUCUCCUCCCUCAAAAAGUCUGUGGAUGCGUUUACAUUCCGUCACUUCCUUCAAAUCUCUCAAGAAGAAGACUUUCUACACAUUCCGAUGGAGCGGCUGGUGUUCUUCCUCCAGAGCAACAAGUUGAAGAACUGUAGCGAGAUCGACUUGUUCCACGCUGCGAUCCGCUGGCUGCAGCACUACGAGUCCAGACGAGCUGCAGCCAGCGAAGUUCUCUGCCACGUGCGUUUCCCGUUAAUGCGGUCGUCUGAUCUAGUGGACAGCGUCCAGACGGUCAGCAUCAUGGUGGAGGACGUCCUGUGUCGACAGUUUCUUCUGGAAGCCUUCAACUAUCAGAUCCUUCCGUUCCGACAGCAUGAAAUGCAGUCUGCCCGAACUUCCAUCCGGUCCGACAUCACUUCGCUUAUCACAUUUGGCGGCACGCCGUACACCGACAACGACCGUUCUGUUAGUGGCAAAGUUAUGUAUCUUCCCGACAUCACAGCACGACAGUUCAAAGAGCUUACGGAAAUGGAGAUGGGGUGCAGCCAUGCGUGUGUGUCAGUUAUGGACAAUUUUGUGUAUGUGGUGGGCGGGCAGCAUUUGCAGUACCGCAGCGGAGAGGGCGCGGUCGAUUUAUGCUUCCGCUACGACCCCCAUCUGAACCAGUGGCUGCGGAUCCAACCCAUGCAGGAGAGUCGCAUUCAGUUUCAGCUCAACGUGCUGCACGGCCAACUUUACGCAACAGGGGGGCGCAACCGAUCUGGCAGCAUGUCUUCUGUCGAGUGCUACUGCCCCAGGAAAAACGAAUGGAUAUAUGUGGAUUCCCUAAAGAGGAGAAUCUGGGGUCACGCCGGCGCUACGUGCGGGGAUAGACUUUAUGUCUCCGGUGGUUACGGAGUGUCCGUCGAGGAUAAGAAGACACUGCAUUGUUAUGAUCCAGCGUCUGAUCAGUGGGAAUUCAAGAGCCCCAUGAAUGAGCCACGAGUCCUGCACGCCAUGAUCAGCGUGAAUAACCGAAUUUAUGCCCUUGGGGGCAGAAUGGACCAUGUUGACCGCUGCUUUGAUGUUCUUGCUGUAGAGUAUUACGUUCCAGAGACUGAUCAAUGGACAACAGUCAGCCCUAUGCGUGCCGGUCAGUCAGAGGCUGGCUGCUGCUUGCUGGAUAAAAAGAUCUAUAUUGUUGGCGGUUACAACUGGCAUCUCAAUAACGUCACCAGUAUUGUGCAGGUUUAUAACACAGAGACGGAUGAGUGGGAGCGGGAUCUGCAUUUUCCAGAAUCUUUCGCAGGAAUAGCUUGCACGCCAAUCGUACUUCCGCAAACCACCACCCAACGCUAAGCGUUUGAUCAACUCAAAGCACAAAUUAUUUUCUACAUGUCCUAUAAGGAUAAAACGGAUAGAAUUGAUUGAAAGGUUUUCCCUUAGAAUAGAAAGGGGUCAUUGUUGUAUGUAUUAUGUGCUUUUAAACAUGCAAAUGAUUUAAGGUCUGUUCAUUUUGGUGCAAUUAAAUGACGCAGAAUCAUAAACGUUCUUGAUGAACUUGUUGAGAACCUGA